AUGGCAGAAAGCAGUGUUACGUUUUUCCUGGAGAAGUUGAGCAACUUGGUUAUACAAGAAGCUUCUCUAUUUGGGGAAGUAGAAGGCCAGGUGAAGCUGCUGCGCAAUGAACUCAAAUGGAUGCGCCUCUUCCUCAAAGACGCGGAUUCAAAAUGCAUAUACGAUGAAAGAAUCAAGCUGUGGGUGGAGCAGAUCAGAGAGGUAGCCCAUGAUGCUGAAGAUGUCAUUGAUGAGUUCAUCUUCAACAUGGAUCACCAGAGGCAGAAAAGGCUCAAAAAUCUCAAGUUCCUUAAGCACUUACCUACCUGCGUAGGAUUCGCGGACAAGUUACCUUUCAUCCACGAGCUCGACAGUCGGGUGAAGGAGAUCAAUGUCAUGAUAGAGAAGAUCAUGGUCAAUAGAUCCAAGUAUGGUCUUGAAGCCCUAGUGACUCCCAGCUCGACCAGUACUGAUCAUAGAGUUUCUCAGCAGGAGCGGCGGACCCCAACUGUUGAAGAGACUGACGUGGUGGAGAUCAAAGAUGGUAUGGAGGUGGUGAAGCAGAUGCUGAUUAAGGAAGAUCGGAUGCGGCCGAGAGCAGUGGUGUCCAUUGUGGGAAUGGGCGGCCUAGGCAAGACAACUCUUGCUAAGAAAGUCUACAAUCAUAGUGAUGUUAAGCAGCACUUUGAUUGUCAAGCUUGGGUUUAUGUCUCUCAAGAAUUCAAGCCAAGGGAGCUUCUACUCAGCAUCAUCAGUUCUGUCAUGUCCCUCAGCAAUGAAGAAAAGAAAGUAAUGAGAGAGAUGGGAGAGGACGAGCUCGGUGGGAAGCUUCGUGAAUGCCUCAACGACAAGAAGUACCUGGUAGCCAUGGAUGAUGUAUGGAGUAUUGAAGCUUGGAGUAGCUUGUGCUUCCAUCUUACUGAGUCUAUGAAUGGCAGCAAAGUGCUGAUGACCACCCGAAACAAAGAAAUUGCUGCACAAGCCAAUCCGCAUGAAGUUGUUGGGCACACCGAUUCACAGGCUCUUGUCUAUGAACUCCGGAUUAUGGAUGAUGAUGAGAGUUGGGAGCUCUUUCUCAAGAAGACUUUUGGAGCGAGAGAUAGUACAUCUGUUUGUUUAUCUAAAGCGUUGAAGGAAUUGGGAAGGAAAAUUGUGGCAAAAUGUAAAGGUUUGCCCCUUGCGAUUGUGGUGUUAGGAGGCUGA